GCGAACGAUUCCUGAGUAGUAUCGCGUUGAGUAUCCCCGAAAUUUCUUAAAAAAACUAAAAAAUAUGUACAUUUCAAUGUAAAUUCAGUAUAGUAAGCAGGAGUUUAGAUAUACCAAUUAAUCAAUUUAAUUAGAUAAUGAUGUCAACGGAGGCGAGUUUCGACGAGGAUAAUCACGGGCAGACGAACGACUCGAUCAUCACAAAGGUCAAGUCGCGCGUUUCCAACAUAUUUCCAAGUGUGGCGAAUUGGUUUUCGUCGCCGGGCCCCUCGACGAACAAUGGCAGUGUUCGUAGGCGCCGCGAUUCCGAGUCAGAGAGCGACGACGAGGGAAACGCAAAUACUUCUCUUCCGCAGAGCAAACGUCGGAGAUCGGAUGUGACAACACAUCAAACAAACACCCCGAGCGCCGCUCCAAGUAAUCCGCGACGACUUUCGAUGCCAGUAAAUGCGACCCCAGCGGACCAAUUGAUGCGAAAUCGACUUGCAGGAAGGCAACAAACACAACAAAUGACCUCGUCGCCAUACGAUUUUGCCGCGCGCAAUCCUUCGAUGACGCUAAUGGCGUCUCCCAUCCAAAUCCGGGACUCCGAGGACGAAGAAGAGGAUGAGGAAGAAGAAGAAACGGACGAAGUUCAAUUGGUGCAACAAGAGGAAACGGUAACAAAACGCAAAGGCAUCCACGAAACGCAGUACAAUGUGUUACGAAUGAGCAGUCAACAAGGCGAUCGUUCGACUUCGGAGCCACCAACGGCGCCCACAGCUGGUCCAUCAUCGCGGGUGCAUCGUUUCGGCUACGGGUUGCAAUCGGAAGUCAUUCCGGAAAAUUCCUCCUUUCAAAACGGGAAUGACGAAGCAACAAGUGAGACGUCGGAUUUCACGCAACCUCGGGCAUCACGACCCGGACGCUUGUCGGGCUUUUUGGGGAAUCGCAACAAAAAUAUGAGCGCAUCCACGGGUCAAUUGUCGUUCCAGGCGCAUUUAGAGACCGAAAAAUCUCUUUUCGCCAACGAGCAACGUCGUCAAUUCAAUCCCUCGUUGUACGGCAGUAGUUGGUCCCUGAACAGUGGCGGCAGCGGAAGUCGUUUUCAUCGAAAUUUCUCGCCCUUUUACGGAGGUCAGACCAUGUACGGAGGUGCUGCUGCCUACUCGCGACGCGAUAAUCGCUUGCAACAAACUUUGCGCGUGCCCACAUUGAUUCGUCCGUCGUCGCGUCUCUCGAACGCUUCGUCAAGCAGCUCCUUGGCAUCCGUGGGCGAUGGCAGCAAUCAAUCGAAUGCCGCAAAUUCAACUACGGGACUCUCAAAUACCUCAAAACGCAUUCUGGAGCUGCUGAAUCAGUGCACGUCGCCGCUGAAGGAUGCCCGAAAGAUGGGCACGGGACUCAAUACGUCAGUUCGGGUGCCGAGUCUCAUGAAUAACAGCACGAGCCUGAGUCGUGCGGGACGCUUUAAUGACGCCGAUUUGAAUGCUAGUCGCAGUAUUCGACUGACACAACCGAAAACGCCUUACAGUCGACCAACGGCUCCGUUACCGCCGACGUCGGAGCUGCAAAUUCCCUCGAUUUCGCAACUGCUGCAAAUGAAGAGAUUGCUCAAUAGCACGGCGGAAGUCAAGAAACUCGCGGAUCAAAGUAAAAGUGCACUCAAUCAAGUGAGCGAAUAUACCUUGCCAGGCGGAGAUCAGAAUAGUAGUAGUAGUACAAACAAAUACACGAACAAGGUCAAAGAAAAGCUCACAAGCACUCGUGACAAGCAAAAUGCUGCUGAUGUCGCCCCCCAACCCGUCAACUUACCAAACAUACAAUUGCCCAACUUGAAAUCUGUCCCGAAAUUCGACAUUGCGAUCCCGGAACAAAAGUCCGUCAUAUCAAACAACUCAUCAAAGGACAAAUCAACCAACGUUUUCGCAACACUCAACUUUGGUAACAACAACAAAUCCACUAAGAAGGACGAUGAUGUCAUCGAAAUCGACGACGACGACGACGAAGAUGAAGAAGAGGAUGACGAAGAAGAAGAAGACGACGAAAGUGACGAUGAAGAUGACGAAAACGACGAAGAUCAAGACGAAAACACGCAAGAGAGCACCGGCAGCAACAGCAACGGCUCCAUGCAAUUCAAAUUUUCCUCACCCGUGCCAAUUCUCAGCAAGCAAGUUCCUGCAAAUCCCAGUGAUAGUUGUAAAAAUUUCAAAUUUUCGAGUCCGUUGGCUGUUGGCGCACCAGCUCUUGAAGUGCUGAAGCCCGACAUGACUUUGGCAAAGAAAAAACUCGAAUCGCCCGUUGUCGCGGCGAAAGAAAAGCCCGAAGGAAUUGCCGUAGCGUCUGAACUCAAAGCGGGAAGUUGCUUAGAUGCGCUUUUCGGGAAAAAAGCUGACGCCAGUCUCCCAAUGGGAACUCCCAUGGGCUUCGGAUCGCAAUUUAAAAUGGCCUCGACGCAAUGGGAAUGCCCAGCUUGCAUGAUUCGCAACGAUAACGCCAACGAAAAAUGCGUCGCUUGCAACAGCGCCAAGCCAGGCGGAGCCAAAAAUGCGGCGCCACAAAAAGAAGCCACGCUCAAAACGACAGAUUCGGGCUUUGCAUCACUUCUUGCCGCCCAAAAAGCAAAAUGGGAAUGCCCGGCGUGCAUGUCACAGAAUGACCAAAGUGCCGAAAAGUGUCCUGCCUGCACCGAACCAAAGCCCGGAAGUAAGCCGAAGCCGGCGGAAACGACAACAGCGCCCGCUGUGCCCAUGGAUAACGCCUUUAAGAAGUUGGUGGAACAGCAAAAAGCCUCCAAGUGGGAAUGUAAGUCUUGUUUAACGCAAAAUGACCAAAAUUCAACGAAAUGCGCGUGUUGCGAAGAAGCAAAACCCGGAAGUGCGCCCGAAAAAGUGCCUCAAUUCUCGUUUAGUUCGGGAUCGACGACGUCAAAAUUCUCGUUUGGCGUACCAAAAGACGCUGCAGCAGCGACAAGUACUGCACCCCAAUCGAGUUUCGUCUUUGGAAGUGUCGCCAAACCCGCAGGAAAUGCAGAAACAGCGCCAAAUAAGGGAUUUUCGUUCGGAACGACAGUCACAAAAGCAGAUACUGCUGCGAAACCAACAUUUUCGUUCGGAGUUCCUGCCGCUGCUUCAACGACAACGUCAACGAGCAAAGCCACAACUGAUGCGGUGAGCAGUUCAACCGUCAAUAGCACUCCAGGCGGCUUUAGUUUCGGUGUGUCAUCAAGUAUUGCUCCCAAAACGGAAGCAAUUUCGUCGACAGCAGACACUUCGAGUCCUCGUUUGAACAAAAGAACGCUCGAUGAAACGGAUUCCACGUCAAAAGUAUCCGCGACAACUUUUACUUUUGGCAAAACGAACGAAGCGCAAGCAAAACCAGCAUUUUCGGCGACUACAACUUCAACUUUUGGCAGUUUAGCGUCUUCGACAAACAACACAGUUUCCAGUUCGGGCGGAUUUUCCUUCCAAAAGGUCACGAGUCCCGCAGUUACCACGGCAUCUGCCACGAAAGACGAUUCCUCGAGUCAAAUUAGCUCGACGGCAACCACGAAUGCCAUUACAACGCCCAUUUUCGGAAGCGGAGUGUCAGGUAUUAAACCGCUAGAUCGCUCCUUUGGCGGAAUAAAGCCCGCAACAACCGUCAAUGAUGAUGCCAGUAAGAAGGGAACUUUGAUUUUCGGGGCUGCGAAGAAGGAUGAAGGCAUAAAACCAUCAACGGGAGGCUUUACGUUCGGUCAAUCGUCGACAACGGCGACUUCGAAACCCGCAGAUCAACCAACAAGUUCGAUUUUCGGAGGUGCAGCUGCUUUGGGAAAGCCUGAAACGAAACCGGGAUUUUCUUUUAUGACUCCAGCUGCCGAAAAACCCGCCGCCACGCCAACAGCGACGUCACAAGAAAACAAACCAACCUUCGGGAUGUUUGGAAAUGCCGCGAAUAACAGUCCAAAAACGACGACAUUCGGUUUUGGCGCGAAUACGGAGCAACAAAAGCCCGAAGCGCCCAAACCUGUGUUCGGAGCAAGUACUUUUGGAAAUGCCUCGGAUGCGAAUAAAUCCGUUUUUGGAGCAGCGCCGGCAGCAACAACGCCCGCUGCGUCGCCUUUCGUCUUUGGAAGUGCGCAAUCGGGUUUCAACAGCUCGAAUACGCAGCAACAACAACAACAACAACAGCCGACUCCGUUAUCGGGCACCCCAAGCAGUUUUGGAUCGUCAACACCUUCGUCGAAUAUCUUCGGAAGUGCUAAUAAUUCGCCAGCAUCAGUUUUUGGGCAACCAUCGACGGAAAAUAAAUUGCCAGCAUUUGGCGCCUCGAAUGCAUUUGGAAGUUCGAAUCUUUUUGGAGCGAAUGCGGCAACAGCACGGAGCGCAAGUAGUGCGAGUAGUCCGUUUGGGGAUGCGAAUGAUGAGCCAAAUAACAAGAAACUCAAUACCGGAGGGUUCCAAUUUAACGCUCAAGGACCUAAUACGUCGAGUACCGGAAGUGCAGCAGGCUCACCCUUCGUCUUUGGAAGUGCCAGCGCCACACCAAGCAUGGACAACAACAACUCAAAAGGAGCUUUCAGCUUUACGCCGGAAGUCAAACCGACAUUUAAUUUCUCUGCAAAUGCCGGCAUGGGGUCCAAUAAUCCCACAUCUACGACUGCCACUAACGUUCCUUACCAAUUUGGAUCUACGCCUCCAGGCGUUUUCGCUUUCGGAGCCACGCCAGUUCUUGAAUCCCGGACAGUCGGUGGGCAUGCAACAACGUCGCAAAAUCAAGGCAACGAGACGCAUAGUGCGGUAAAGGCCGCUCCCCGUCGCGAUCUCGUGUGGAUAAAUCCUUCCAUCAAGCAACAAUUGCAAUCUCAUAUCCACCGUAAUAUGAGUCGCAAGCGAAAUUUGGAGUCACUUGCUGUAAAUAAUGUUAGAAAUCACUUUAGAGAUAAUAAUAAUAGUACUAAGACAACAACGUCAUCGACUGAUAACAACAACUUGACCACAACGUUGACAUCGACAUCUGCUACAGUGGCGGAGAAACGGAGCGACGACGAAAUUUUCGUAAAGCCACAAAAUACCGCGCGAAAAUUCAUCAAACGUAAUCCGCAGGAACGUCGACCAAUUUAUGACCGUUCAAAAUUCAAAUAUUUAGCGCCCUCCCACAACACAAAAUUGAUGAAUAAUAACAAUACAACUAGCGAUAAUACUUUACUAAUUAGUGAUAGUCCUACAAAUAAUUCUACAGAGGAACAGAAAAAUAAUUUUUAGGGAUACGCAGCAGGAAAUUGUAAUAAAAUAAUUUGAAAUUAAAAAAAAAUUAAAAAAAAAUGUAAAGAAAAUUAAAAUUUAGUAAGAAAGAGUUAGAUUAGAGAUUUUUUUCCUUUGUAAAUAAAUGUUAAGAGAUCAAUUUUUAUUUUUCACCAUCAAAAAAAUAUCUAAAGACAAUGAUGGAGGUACAUGUUACUUCUGGAAAAAUUUCGUUCUGUUAAGUUUGUUUUUCCUUUUUUCAAUAAUAUUUCAUAAAUAACAAAUUAGGCCUAAGACCUUGAAGAAAUUAACACUUAGAAUAAUUUUCCUUCUUUUUUUUUAAUAAUAAAAAAAUAAGUUCUUAUCUCUUAAGUUCUCCAUAAUAAAAUUUGAAAAUAAAUUUAGUUGAAAUUUAUAUAAAUAUUAGUUUAAUUUUCUAAUUUUUUUU